CAGCCCUGCCGACGGCCAUACUUGAAAAUACAUUUUUUUCUGCAAAGUUUGUCAUUGUCACUGUGUGAAUGGAAUCUGUGAUGUGUUGUGGAAUUAAAAACGUCGAGUAAACGACCCGUAAUGGUUAAAGUGCCCGGCGAAAGCAGUGCGAAUAACUAUGAAUUGAUACGAAAGUUGCAUAACACGUCGCCUGGUGUCGCGGUUAGUGUGUUUUUCGUCUCGUUUCGUUUCCGCCGCAGUCGCAGUUUCCAGAAAACCUCACCACACCAUACCAUCUCCACCACGCACACACACACACAAACAAACACGCAGAGACGCGGCGGCGGAAAAAGUGUGCGGACCGCGGAUUUAACCCCUCGUUCCAAACCCAAAUUGGAGUCUCCCAAAAACAGCGAAAUAUCGAGUGUGGCUUAGCCGAUGUGCCGUGCGAUCCCCACUGCCCCUUCCGUACCGCUGCCACCCCCGCCACAGCAGCAACGCACACGGAUACGGACACAGACACCAAUACCAGCGCACUCAAGCACGGCCGACAAAGAAAGAGCGCUCUCCCUUCCUCUUCGUACAGUUAGUUCCUACAGCUGAAUCAGCCAAAAGGGAAUUACUAGGUCCAUUCCGAGGCGCAGUUUGCAUGUGAAACGGAGGUCCCCGCAUAACCACGCGGAACCCGAAAUCCCAGAUCCCCAUCUCCGCUGCACGGAUAAAGGAAACAUACAACCAUGAGUCUCCUAGCCACGCCAAUGCCCCAGGCGGCCACCGCCUCAUCUUCUUCAUCCGCCUCCGCGGCCGCCUCGGCCAGCGGGAUUCCAAUCACCGCCAACAACAACCUGCCUUUCGAGAAGGACAAGAUCUGGUACUUCAGCAACGAUCAGCUGGCCAAUUCGCCAAGCAGAAGAUGCGGCAUCAAGGGCGACGAUGAGCUGCAGUACCGCCAGAUGACCGCCUAUCUGAUACAGGAAAUGGGUCAGCGUCUGCAGGUGUCCCAACUGUGCAUCAACACGGCCAUUGUGUACAUGCAUCGGUUCUACGCCUUUCACUCCUUCACCCACUUUCAUCGCAACUCCAUGGCGUCGGCGAGCCUCUUCUUGGCCGCCAAGGUAGAAGAGCAACCGCGGAAGCUGGAGCAUGUUAUUCGGGCCGCCAACAAGUGCCUGCCGCCGACCACCGAGCAGAAUUACGCCGAACUCGCCCAGGAGCUUGUGUUCAACGAGAACGUGCUCCUGCAGACGCUGGGCUUCGAUGUGGCCAUCGAUCAUCCGCACACGCAUGUGGUGCGCACCUGCCAGCUGGUCAAAGCAUGCAAGGAUCUGGCGCAGACAUCGUACUUCUUGGCCUCGAACAGGUAUGGCUAGCAAUGCGCUACUCUAUGGUGUAAUCCCUCCUAGAGAUCGCCCCCAACGCAAAUACGGCUGUGGUAUAAGCAAUGUGUGUGUGUGUGCGGGUGUGGUGUUGGCCCAAUCCUCCCCAGAAAGUGGUCAGGCUGUAGAGAGUUCGAUCCCUGACUUUUUGUGGCUAAAAUCUUUGGGCAGUUCUUUUACCUGCUUAAUUCCUCGCUUAUAGCUAACAAACCCAGCCUGCAUCUGACCUCGAUGUGCCUCCAAUAUCGCCCCACGGUCGUAGCCUGUUUCUGCAUUUACCUAGCCUGCAAGUGGUCCCGAUGGGAGAUCCCCCAGUCGACCGAGGGCAAACACUGGUUCUACUAUGUGGACAAGACGGUCUCGCUGGAUUUGCUAAAGCAGCUGACAGAUGAGUUCAUCGCUAUCUAUGAGAAGAGCCCGGCCCGUCUGAAGUCUAAGCUUAACUCGAUCAAGGCGAUCGCCCAGGGAGCCAGCAAUCGGACAGCUAACAGCAAGGACAAACCAAAGGAGGACUGGAAGAUCACCGAGAUGAUGAAGGGCUACCACUCAAACAUCACGACACCACCAGAGCUGUUAAACGGCAACGACAGCCGGGAUCGGGACCGAGAUCGUGAACGGGAGAGAGAGCGGGAACGGGAUCCGUCGUCACUACUGCCGCCACCGGCUAUGGUGCCGCAGCAAAGACGACAGGAUGGUGGCCAUCAGCGCUCGUCCUCAGUGAGCGGAGUGCCAGGCAGCAGCUCUUCGUCGUCUUCCUCCAGUCACAAGAUGCCAAAUUACCCUGGUGGCAUGCCGCCCGACGCUCAUACGGAUCACAAGUCAAAGCAGCCGGGCUAUAACAAUCGAAUGCCCUCAAGUCACCAGCGUAGUAGUAGCAGUGGACUCGGUUCCUCGGGAAGUGGCAGCCAGCGCAGCAGCUCAUCCUCGUCGUCUUCAAGCCAGCAGCCUGGCCGACCGUCUAUGCCCGUGGACUAUCACAAAUCCUCUCGCGGCAUGCCGCCGGUAGGCGUGGGCAUGCCACCUCACGGCAGCCACAAGAUGACUUCGGGCUCCAAGCCCCAGCAGCCGCAGCAGCAGCCGGUCCCACAUCCAUCCGCCUCUAAUUCCUCUGCAUCGGGCAUGUCCUCCAAGGAUAAAUCCCAGAGCAACAAAAUGUAUCCGAACGCACCGCCGCCAUACAGUAAUAGUGCCCCUCAAAACCCGCUGAUGUCGCGUGGUGGAUAUCCAGGCGCUAGCAAUGGAUCCCAGCCCCCGCCUCCCGCCGGAUACGGCGGCCAUCGCAGCAAAUCCGGCUCCACCGUCCAUGGCAUGCCGCCUUUCGAGCAGCAAUUGCCCUAUUCCCAGAGCCAGAGCUACGGCCACAUGCAGCAGCAGCCAGUGCCUCAGUCUCAGCAGCAACAGAUGCCUCCGGAGGCAUCCCAGCACUCGUUGCAGUCCAAGAACUCGCUCUUCAGUCCAGAGUGGCCAGACAUUAAAAAGGAGCCCAUGUCGCAGUCGCAACCACAGCCUUUUAACGGUUUGCUACCCCCUCCUGCGCCUCCCGGCCACGAUUACAAGCUAAAUAGCCAUCCGCGCGACAAAGAAAGUCCCAAGAAAGAGCGACUAACGCCAACCAAAAAGGAUAAGCACCGUCCUGUCAUGCCCCCAGUGGGCAGUGGGAACAGUUCCUCCGGCUCGGGAUCAUCAAAGCCGAUGCUACCGCCUCACAAGAAGCAGAUACCCCAUGGCGGGGACCUGUUGACCAAUCCUGGAGAGAGUGGAAGCCUAAAACGGCCCAACGAGAUCUCGGGAAGUCAGUAUGGACUAAAUAAGCUGGAUGAAAUAGAUAACAGUAAUAUGCCUCGAGAAAAGCUUCGCAAGCUGGACACUACAACUGGACUACCAACUUAUCCGAAUUAUGAGGAGAAACACACGCCUCUGAAUAUGUCCAACGGAAUCGAGACAACGCCGGAUCUGGUGCGCAGUUUGCUAAAGGAGAGUCUGUGUCCAUCGAACGCUUCGCUCCUGAAACCGGAUGCCUUGACUAUGCCUGGCCUGAAACCACCGGCCGAACUGCUUGAGCCCAUGCCCGCACCAGCGACAAUCAAGAAAGAACAGGGAAUAACUCCGAUGACCAGUUUGGCUAGUGGGCCCGCACCCAUGGAUUUGGAAGUACCCACUAAACAGGCCGGAGAGAUUAAGGAGGAAAGCAGCAGCAAGUCCGAAAAGAAAAAGAAGAAGGAUAAACACAAACACAAGGAGAAGGACAAGUCCAAGGACAAGACGGAAAAGGAGGAGCGUAAGAAGCACAAGAAGGACAAGCAGAAGGAUCGUAGCGGCAGCGGUGGCAGCAAGGACAGUUCUCUUCCCAAUGAGCCUCUGAAGAUGGUUAUCAAGAAUCCCAACGGCAGCCUGCAGGCCGGUGCGUCAGCUCCCAUUAAACUUAAGAUCAGCAAAAAUAAGGUUGAACCCAAUAACUACUCUGCAGCGGCGGGUCUGCCUGGCGCAAUCGGAUAUGGCUUGCCUCCAACUACGGCUACCACCACAUCCGCUUCGAUCGGAGCAGCUGCUCCUGUUCUGCCUCCUUAUGGUGCCGGCGGUGGUGGCUACAGCUCAUCGGGCGGCAGCAGUUCCGGUGGCAGCAGCAAGAAAAAGCACAGCGAUCGUGACCGCGACAAGGAGAGCAAAAAGAAUAAGAGCCAAGACUACGCGAAGUACAAUGGCGCUGGUGGCGGCAUCUUUAAUCCCCUUGGCGGUGCUGGCGCCGCACCCAAUAUGUCUGGAGGAAUGGGCGCCCCCAUGUCUACUGCUGUACCACCAUCCAUGCUGUUGGCGCCCACCGGUGCAGUACCACCCUCUGCCGCUGGGCUGGCACCGCCUCCCAUGCCCGUCUACAACAAGAAGUAGUGGUAGCGGUCAGAGGGUUAUUCUUAAGUCGUACGUUUUGAUAUAUGUAUAGAACCUCAGUAAGUCCGAUUGUAGUAUAGUUGUUAGGAUUGUUAGUGAGAUGCAUUAUUGAUUUUAGUUAAGCACAUAGAUAAAACUCCAAAUUGGAAGUGAAACCGGAUGCGCAGAUCGAAGAAGAGUGGAAGUAGAUGUCGCGAUGGGGCUGGACGUAAAAGCAGUACUCAAAUCGCGAAAACUUUUGUACAGCAUUAAUUAAUUUAUAACUAUAAUAAAUAGCAUACAUAUAAGCCCACAUACAUAAAAAUACGGAAUAGUUUUAAGCGAAUUGUUGGCAAACGGAAUCAGAGACCCAAGCAGAAAAUUCACAGAGAGCAGCAAUGGCCGUCUAGCGUUUAAGUUAGCAAAUCAAAUACCCGUUUCACACACUCUAACCUGUAUAUAGCCACUCUCACAAACACACAAUCAAGAGAUAUAUAGUACAGACUUCCGCUUAGCAAAUAUACUAAAUACGGCCCCAACUAAAUGCAAGCCAGAGAGAUAGAAAGAGUAAGAACUUCAAAAUAAUCCCCACAGAGGAGCAUAUAGUUGUGGCAGAGGAUAGGAGAGUAAAUGGAAAGCCAGCGCUUUGAUUCAAAAUUGAAGACGCCAAACCACAUAAUGAAUUAUUUAAUUAAUACAUAGUUGCUAAUCCGAAAAUGAAUGAAGAUGUUUAUUUUUAGUUAGCAAAGUUUUCCCUUCCUUUCUGAACGAUUGCCCGAUUACUAACCGUGUUUCAAUAUAGUUUUCGACACCUAGCAAUAUAUACAGUAGUGUAUUUACACUUUUCAAUGAAGAUAAGUAAAAAGAUCGGAUUGUUUCAGCGGAUGAUAUUAUGUUUCAAGAUCGCCUGGAACGUUGACGUAGCUUUCAUUUGUUUUAAUUUAUUUUUUAAAUAGCAUUACAAAACAAAUUACCACAACAAAAAAAAAACCAAAACAAAAACAAAUAAUAAAGUCCCAAAACAAAAACGGAAUAUGCAAACAAAAAAGAAACCCAAAACUAAAUUUUGGAUAAAACAAAAGUUGUUGUGCAAGAAAACAAAAAGUUUUAAAAUUAUGUAAAUGCAAGCGAAAACGUUGCAAGCAAACUAAGCUAAACGAACGAAAAACUAACAGAAGGCUAAACGAGGAGAAACAAAAGUUAGGCAUAUAGAAAUCUAGGCAUGAUCUAUAUAUUCGAGGCGAAAAUGAGAAUGAAAUGAAAUUUUAUGUAAUUUUCGACUAAGGCAAAGGUUAAGCGAACGUUGCGCGUUUUUCAAAACUAUUCGUACUCGUAUAUUCGUAUUCGAUUUCUCUACUACUGCAUUAAGCUGCAAGCAUAUAUAGCUCUAAACACACCACACAUCCAUUCACACACCAUCCAUCCCAUGCAGUCGAGAAACGUAUUCUUUAAGUUGGGAACCCGAGAAACCCGUUUUUAUAAUCGAUCGAAAGAAUGCGCAAUUUGCGUCUAAGAUUUGGAUUUCCCUUUAUAUACUUAUUCUUGGCCCCUUUUACCACACUCCCCGCCCACGCCCAUCCCCACCCCUCGCCCCUCCUAACUUAAGUUUUUGUACAUACUUGGAAAGCAAAUGGAAAACCCGCCGCUCGGGUGGCGGGCAAGUGUCGGGUUUCAUUGGGAUUGUUUGGUUGUGCGUUCGAAUAUGAAUUCACUCGUCACUUGCACGCCCCCACGAGGGCACAAAUAAAAAUCUUCAAAACCCCGCAAAAUUCUAAACAAAAAACUAUAAAAAUGCAAAAAAUAAACAACAAAAAAAUCAGG